CUCGGCUGCCUGCAAUCCAACAUGGAGUAGUGAGAGAUGGGGCUCUAGCGGGGCCACCCCUCGGUAGCAACGGCGACGACGCGCUUUUUUACGCACAACUGGAAGCUGAGUCGUCGGUGAAAACAUGCGCCUUAGGACUUAAUAACGGAGUGUGUGCCUUGUGUGUCCGUGUGUGUGUGUGUGUGUGUGUGUGAGAGAGAGAGAGAGAGAGAGAGAGAGAGAGAGAGAGAGAGAGAGAGGGAGAGAGAGAGCGAGAGAGAGAAAGAGAGAGUGUGUGUGUGUGUGUGUUUGGGGAGGGAAGGAGGGGGGGACAAGGAUUCGGUAACCAAAACUGUCAGUAGCUAUAGGGAACGUUUAUCUCCUUAAUGUGAUGGGGGUAUUAAAGUUAUAGAAAAGGGUCUUUGCGAUUCAUGAGAGACAAGGUGGCUCCGUGGGAGAAGAAGGGGGAAUUAACUGAGAGGAAGACGGAGAAGCAACCAGUCGAAAGCAAGCAAGAGAGCCGACACUCGCACAAAGGCGCAGGGGGGAUUUAUGCGGAAUUGGAGAUAGAAUCGGAAGAGCCGAGGUGAAAGAAUGACGAGUGAAAAGUAUGCAACCGCCGUGGUACAAUACCUGAGGUGAAACGGGAAAAAUGAUAGAAGAAACACACCCAAACGAUGAUAGCUACAUCGUGCGUGUGAAAGCAGUGGUGAUGACAAGGGACGACUCAAGCGGUGGCUGGCUGGCUCAGGAUGGGGGAGCCCUGAGUAGGGUGGGGGUGUGUCGCCUCCUACCAACAGAGCUGGCACCAGUUUUGGGGUCUGGCACCUCACAGUUCCUCAUCCGUGGUGAACGGCUGCGUGACAAGCAGGUGAUCCUGGACUGUCCACUGAGGAAGGAUAUUGUGUACACCAUAGCAAUGCCCACAUUUCACCACUGGACGGUGGAGGACAGGAGGUGUGGCUUGUCCUUCCAGAGUCCAGCUGACGCCAGAGCUUUUGACAGGGGGGUACGGAAAGCAAUUGAGGACUUGGCUGAAGGCUCUACAACCUCCUCUACAGCACUCCAGAAUGAGAGCGAGUUGGGUGACGACGAUGUCUUCACUAACACCACAGACAGUUCAUCCAAUUCCUCCCAAAAAAUGGACAGCUCUCUGCAGCCGCUCGAGUCCUCGCCCCUUCCUCAGAGACACAAGUACAUGCCUGGACAUCGCCAUGACCUCCAUGACUCCUACCGGCUCACAGACCACUACUACUUGGACCAGCCGUUGUCUCGGUUUCCACGCCAUGUCACCUUCGAAGAUGAGGAAAUCGUCCGAAUCAACCCCCGGGAGCGCACCUGGGAGCAGAAAACUGAGCGCCACCUUGGACGCCCGUCGGACCGCUCCUGGCUCACGGGCUACGAGGACUAUCGCCAUGCCAAUAUGCGUGUUAAAUUCAUCCCUGAUGAAUCUGAGUCCUACGUCCACUUUGACAAGACAGAGACACAAAAGCACGACUACACUUACCCACUGGCUCCAGUUCUGUCACCCUCAGACUCUGACCCCGCUCUUGGACCCUUGACCAGUAAGGGCCACAGUGGCUCUUAUCACACAGGUUUCUCCUCAGUUGUCUCCAACCAGCCUCGCUCCUUUCUCCCAAGCUCCUCUCCAUCCUCAAAUGGUGGAAAAGGGAGGAAAGACAAUGGAAUAGAGCGUGCUCAGUGCGAGCACUGCGGCGAGGCCUUUUACAUCUCUGACAACCGAAGAGGCCGGUGCCAGGACGCCCCGGACCCUGUGGGGACAUGCAUACGACAGGUCAGCUGCAUGUGGCUGGCGGACACCAUGCUCUACCACUGCAUGUCUGACCCAGAAGGGGACUACUCAGACCCUUGCUCCUGUGACGGGGGCGAAGGCGGGGGCGGAGGCCGUCUUGGCACGCGCUGGUUAGCUCUGCUUGGCCUGUCUUUGGUGGCUCCCUGCCUCUGCCUCUACCCACCUCUCCAUGCUUGCCACCGGGCAGGACUUACAUGUGGCUGCUGCGGAGGCCGACACAAGGCCCUGAGCUGAGCAGCCGCUUGGAGCCCUCUCAGAGGAAACAAAAGAAAAAACCUAAACCCAACGCAAGCACAGGGAAAGGGAAGGAUGGGGAAACACACACAGAGGGGACUAGUAGUCAUGGCUGCUCGCUCUCUUGCCUUGGUUUCUCUGGUUUCUCUACAAAUUCCAGACACUGAAAUAAGCCAAAAAAGAAAAAAAAAACAGUUGGUGCAUUUUCUGAACAGCCUGGGAAGAUAAGCUCCCCCUCAUGGCAGACAGAUCUCUCAGCUCUCCACGUGGCCAUUUCAUGCUCUGUUUCUAAUGAGAGAGCAGUCUUUUUCAGGGGGGCCUUUUUUAUAGCUGACCUAUAUGUCAUGUAUCACAUAUGCAGGUACUUUAUAUUGUUAUAUUUGUACACUGACUCUGUGUCAAAGAACUUGAAUUGUUUCUUUGUUGUAUUUUUUUUCCUUUUAUGUUUGUGUGGUCAUUUUGUUUAUAUUCUAUUCCAAAAUCAGGCCCGUUCAACUCAGCUCCAGCUACAAGCGAAUUCAGACACUACACUUGUGUGCGUGUGGAUGUGUGUAUGGAUACUUACAGUGCCCGCUGAGGCCUUUGUUGUCUAUACUAAUUGUAGAACUCAUUUAUAUAGCCUUCAUAGCUCUCCACCGUCAACAUCUUAGUUCACUGAAACAAGCGCAGUACUCAUCUUAAUCUUCUAAUAUUCCAAAGAUUCGUGUUUUUAUCCUAUUUAUUUUCACAAUGAAUUGAUCCUCCAGCAAAGUGAUGCAGGGUUGCAAUUCACUCACUGAAUCAGACAUUGCCUCAAGUCGUGCUACAAUAUUUUUGCAUCCCUUCCUCUUUCUCAUUACUUCAAACAGUGCCUAGAAAAUCCACCUUAACCAAGAAACCAAGUCUUAAAUUUCCAGUCAGAUUUUUUGGCUCAUCUUACUUGGCAAACACUUGAAGUGACACGAGAUUUUAAGGCUCUGAUUUCCUUGUUCUUUGCAGAACCUCAACCAGCAGUUGUUAGUGUCAUUUCAAGUACUGAAAAAUCAAUCAGAUAACGUUAAAAUUGGUGCCCAUAUGCCUUAAAUAAAUUUAAAAAAGUGGAGUUUCGUGCCAAGCUUCACCUGUCUCUCUGAAGAUGUCUGCUGUACUGAAAAGUAGGAGCAUGGUCACAGCUCCAAGCAAUCAGCAUAACCAUGUACAGCCCAAUUACACUUGAUUUAAACUAUUUUUGUAAUAAAAAUGAACUUUUAAGAGAAUUUUCAUUACGUGUGUAAACUGUGGACUUUAGUUAGCCUGCGACAUACAAUCAGCUCUCCUCUUUAAGCAUCGCUCAAGUAGAGUGAGCCGGUCCCAUGCGGAACAGCGAAUUUUAAAUGGUUUGGAUGUAUUGAUUAGUUAGAAGCAAUUUCCCAACAAAAGAACAUAAAAUAUAUAGAUGUAUGCUGGUGAAAAUCUGACUUAAUUUUAAUUCUUUAAGAUUAUAAAAAUAAUUUGGAUUGUCACUUUUUACCCUGUUGGGAAAAUGGGAUUAUGAAUGAUUUUGGACAUGUUUAAUAUUGGUUUUUCAUUCGAUUGAGGCUUGAUUAUGAAAGACAAGUCUAAAGGUCUCCCUGAAGUUGCAAAAAAAGUCAAGUCUGGCACGUUAGGAAAUGCAGAAAGUUCAGAUGAAUGUCUAGUUACUUAUUUUGUUGAUCUGAUGCAACAUAUGGUAAAUGGGUCUAGAGGUUUUGUGAAUAUAGGAAACUGCUUGUGUGGGUUUAUAUACAAACAACAGAAUUCAAAUAUUAAUGGCUAAAAAACUUAGUAGCAGACAUCUUAAAUCAUGUUGGUUUAAUCUGUACAAAAACCAAAAAGUGUCCAAUUAUAGAAGGUUGUGUGUUAAACUGUUACUUUUCAAAAGUCUCUGGUUAGACAUUUUUUCAGAUAAUAUACACAUAAAAUAAGAUGUGUAAGCUCAGUUUAUAGAAGUGUUUAUCUUUGUACAAACAAGCUCCCUCCUCUUGUUAAUAUCACUCAUUCAAAAAAAAAAAAAGUCAGACUAUUACUUUAAGGCCAAAAUAUGUUGAAACUUGAAAAUGGGAGACCAACAUGAGAGACAACUCGCUGAAACCACAUGUGACCUGCGUGUGCUACUCAUCUCAGCCCUACAGCAUUUUUUCCCCCUCCAUGCCAGAUUUGGUACAACAUCAGAAGCACAAAGAGUAAAUUCAGAUGCCUGACAACGGCUUGGUUGAAUUCAGAAACAAACUGUUAAAAUCUCUUUUGGGGUCGCGAUGGAUGUGUUGGCGUACAAACUCUGGCAAAUGGAGGAAAACAAGAAAGCUGCCCCCACUUGCCAUUUUGAGUGCCGCCACAGCCGCCCAAUCACGCUCUCACACUGACAGUGCAACACUAAAACUGGCAAUGGCUUUGGUGCUAAGCUUGGGUUAUGGCCCUGUCUGGGAUGUGACGGGGGAACACAAUAUGCUUUUUAAAGAUGAAAAGAAGCAGGACCUCACCGGAAUCCCUUUGGAGAAGACGAGGAGUCUGAAAAACAUUUGAAAACCUGGAAACAAAAAUUCAUCCUUGAUUGUUUUGCCAAGGAAAUGUCCCUUACUGUAGAGGAAAUACAGAAUGCCUGAGGAUGUCUGUUUCAUGCAUCCUGUCCCAUGUACCCAUUUGUAUGUCCUUAGUUUGUGUGAGUGUAUUUAUGCCACAUCCCAGCCCCCCUCCUCUUCCUCUGUCCUGCUCCUUGAUCCAAAGCUACUGGGAUCAACUGAACACACUUUUACAUCCUGACACCUUUCUUGUAGAAUCAGAUCCUUUGAUGUUGCCAUGUGUCAGAGACAGGGCCCAAUCAGAUUGGAAAAUGUGUGUGUGUGCGUGAUUGUUUGUGUAAGUGUCAGCGUCUAAUCUUUUAUUUCCUAUUCAUCUGGUGUUUUAGAGUAAUCUCACCUGUCAGAGCCAUUUACAAGUGCCUGAAUGCAUCCUCUUUAUCUCCUUGUCUAUUUAAAUCGAAAAGAUUAGAGAAAUCACUCUGUACUGAAUUGGAUCCAUUUUUUUACACUUAGUAUUUUUACCUCUGUAAAAACAAAAGAGCAAAAAUUAUAUUAUAUAUAUCAAGUGUAUGUUGUACAUUUUUAUUUCUAUUUUUUUUAUAACUGUUUCUAACAUGUAAGAUGGAUGUAGCUCUUGCUUUCGAGAAGGAAAAGGAAGUACUUUGUAGAUACUGAAGGGUGGCCAGGUCUGUAAGAAAACUAAAGUGAAAUGUGUGUCUUACCUUCUGCCUCUAAUAAAAUGAGAGAACAUAGUGAAA